GGGGCACGAGGCAAUUAUCUCGAGACGUCAUAAACAAAAACCGGCCAUUCUCUUAAUAACCUCGAUUCAAUUCUUGCAACUCAUUCAAAAACACCGAGAAAUUAAUUCGUGAUUAUUUUUUCAGAGGUAAAACUUACCGUUCAUUUAGAAUCAACUUUAAAGUUAACAAUCAGCAUAUCGCUGUUUGCUUGAAAAUACGCGGAUUAGAUUCGAAUUAAGUUAUAAAAAAAUAAAUUAUGUCGAUCUUCGGCCAAGCUGCUUCAUCUUUAGGUUCAACGUCUGGAAACAGACAUUCAAUUGAAUUCAAAGCUGGAAGAAUGAACUUGGUGGAUAGAGAAGAAGGCGGUGUUAAAAAGAAGAUGGUUCAUCCUGAUAACAGAAAAGGUCUUCUUUAUAUUUAUUCGGCUGAUGACGGCUUAACUCAUUUUUGUUGGAAAGACAGAACAUCCGGAAAUGUUGAGGAUGAUUUGAUUAUCUUCCCCGAUGAUUGCGAAUUCAAAAAAGUCGAGCAAUGCAAGGAUGGUCGAGUUUUCUUGUUGAGAUUUAAAUCAUCAAAUCGAAAGUUAUUCUUUUGGCUUCAAGAACCAACCAAUGAUAAGGAUGAUGAAUAUUGUCGUCGUGUAAAUGAAUUGCUGAAUAAUCCGCCAUCAUCAGGAGGCGGUAGCAGUGGCAGUGGUGGCAAUCGUGAAGGCAGUGAUUUGCAGUACAUGCUCAAUAACAUGUCACAACAACAGCUUAUGCAGUUGUUUGGUGGCGUUGGCCAAAUGGGUGGACUGAGUUCAUUAUUAGGAUCAAUAAAUCGCAAUUCAUCAGGCGGACGAAAUACGUCAUCGACGCCUUCAUCUGUCACAAGGACCAGUACUACAACAUCAGGAGAAGCUGUUGUUGCAACUCCUGUGAAUACAACUCAACCUGCAACACCGAAAGCUCCCAGAAAGGAGAAAUCAACUGACGAAACGACAGAAGUGAGCACACCAGCAGUUGGCAGUGGAAGUAGUGGUGGCAGCAGUACAGAUGCGUCUCGCGUUCUCCUUUCAGAACUUCAAAGUUAUUUAGCUGGAAUGAACACAGGCGGUGCCAGUGGGUCGAAGCACAACGUAGAUUUGUCAACGUCACUUAACUCUGAAUCUAUAAAUUCAAUCUUGUCAGAUCCUGAGCGUUUACAAGCACUUCAAGCUCAUUUGCCAAGCAUCGAUGAGGAAGGAAAGCCUUUGGAUCCAAAUGCUGUCAAACAACAGCUCAAAGAUACAUUGGCAUCACCACAGUUCCAACAAGCUCUUUCAAUGUUUUCCAACGCCCUUCAAUCUGGUCAACUCGGUCCUGUUGUUUCUCAAUUUAAAUUAAGUGACGAUGCUGUUUCAGCUGCAAAUAGUGGUGAUUUGGAACAAUUCGUAAAAGCAUUAGAAAAAGCUUCGAUUAAAGACACGACCACAAAAGAUGAUGAGAAAGGAGAUAAGAAAGAUGAGACAAAAAAUUAAAUUCGAAAUUAUAUUCGCUCUUCUACCUUAAAUAAAGAUUGAUUUGCAUAAGUCCGUUGAUGAGCCUUUUAGAAUUUAGCCAGCUUCUGGUGAAUAUCAUCUUCUACUAGAUACUUGUUUGUAUUCAUGAUUUAAAAUAAAAUUUGUUUUUAAUUUUUCAAUUAUAAUAAAGAUAUUUGCGAAACAUUAAA